AUGAUGAUGAGCAAAGCUGUUCUGAGUUCGAUUCUGUUUUUCAUGUUGGUUGGUUCGGUUCUUGUGGUGGAGGCUCGUCCGUUGGGUUUAAGCAAGGCCGAAGAGAAGGUCGUGGCAGAGUUCUUCGAUGGUUUGUCACUUGGUGCGAUCAAGCAAUCGGGUCCUAGCUCUGGUGGUGAGGGUCAUCAAUUCGUGGAGAGCGAGACGCUUGGAUAUGGUAAGCAGUCAGGUCCUAGCCCGAGCGGACCCGGUCACUAA